CAAGCUCCUUCUUUUUCUUCCGUCCUCCUCCCUCCUGCCCGUGCUUCGUCCCUCUCGGUGGGUCCAGGAAGCUGAUUGGCUAGCUCCAUGGCGAGAGCUGCUAGUUCCUGCACCGACCAGCUCUGCGGGGCGGGGACGAAGGUGGGCGCCUUGCGCGCUGAUUGGCUGGAGGGGCGCGAGCGGCAGGGAGGGGCGGGGCGGAUACGGAUCCGCGGUUAGUCUCGCGCGGCGGUCGUCACCGCGUGAGGUACUCUGUGGUGUAUCGCGCGCAGGUAGCAGGAGCAGCAGAAGCAGUAGCCGCCGUGCGGGGGAGCCAUGAAGCACUAUGAGGUGGAGAUUCUGGACGCCAAGACCCGGGAGAAGCUGUGCUUCCUCGACAAGGUGGAGCCCCAAGCCACCAUUGCCGAAAUCAAGAACCUUUUCACCAAGACACACCCACAGUGGUACCCCGCCCGCCAGUCCCUCCGCCUGGACCCCAAGGGCAAGUCCCUGAAGGAUGAGGAUGUCCUGCAGAAGCUGCCCGUGGGCACCACGGCCACACUCUACUUCCGGGACCUGGGAGCCCAGAUCAGCUGGGUGACGGUCUUCCUGACAGAGUACGCCGGACCCCUCUUCAUCUACCUGCUCUUCUACUUCCGGGUGCCCUUCAUCUACGGCCACAAAUACGACUUCACGUCCAGUCGGCACACGGUGGUGCACCUCGCCUGCAUCUGCCACUCAUUCCACUACAUCAAGCGCCUGCUGGAGACGCUCUUCGUGCACCGCUUCUCCCAUGGCACCAUGCCCUUGCGAAACAUCUUUAAGAACUGCACCUACUACUGGGGCUUCGCUGCGUGGAUGGCCUAUUACAUCAACCACCCUCUCUACACACCCCCCACCUACGGAGCUCAGCAGGUUAAACUGGCACUCGCCAUCUUUGUGAUCUGCCAGCUCGGCAACUUCUCCAUCCACAUGGCUCUCCGGGACCUGCGGCCGGCUGGGUCUAAGACCAGGAAGAUCCCGUACCCCACCAAGAACCCCUUCACUUGGCUCUUCCUGCUGGUGUCCUGCCCCAACUACACCUAUGAGGUGGGGUCGUGGAUCGGCUUUGCCAUCAUGACGCAGUGUCUCCCAGUGGCCCUCUUCUCCCUGGUGGGCUUCACCCAGAUGACCAUCUGGGCUAAAGGCAAGCACCGCAGCUACCUGAAGGAGUUCCGGGACUACCCGCCCCUGCGCAUGCCCAUUAUCCCCUUCCUGCUCUGAACGGCGGCUCCCCACACCUGGGCUCAGCCAGGUCCGGCUCCCGUCCCGCCCCACACUGCUGGAGGAAGAGUGGGGACCACUGCUUUCCAGGGUCUGGAAUAAAACCUGCCUGCCCGGCUGGACUCGGA